GUCGAGUCGACGCCCAUCCUUCUCCUCGCCACGCCGCCGGCGAGCGGCGGCGCUGCCUGCCGUGGCGUCCUGCUGCUCCCGUCUCCUCGCUGGUUCUCCCACCGCACCGCGCCGCGCCGUCGUCCUGCUGCUGCUUCCCUUCCCUUCCGCCUCCGGACCAUUAUGGCGGAGAGGGAGUUAAUCGACAGGGAUAAACUCGUGCUUAUAGAUUUGCAGUUCCACGGUUUCCAUGGAGUGAAAUCAGAAGAGAAAACUCUAGGUCAAAAGUUCGUUGUGGAUGUUGAUGCGUGGAUGGAUUUGAGUGUUGCUGGGGAGACUGACAGCAUAUCUGAUACGGUUAGCUACACAGAUAUCUACGGGAUUGCCAAGGAUGUUGUUGAAGGCCCAUCGCGGAACCUUUUGGAAGCAGUAGCUCAUCGAAUCGCAAGUAACGCAUUGCUUAAGUUCCCUCAAAUCUCAACCAUCAGAGUGAAAGUUGGGAAACCUCAUGUUGCUGUACGUGGAAUCGUCGAUUAUUUGGGUGUUGAGAUAUUGAGGCAUAGAAAAGAUGUGGGAGGCGAUCGUCAGGAGCUUCAUUGAGCCAGCUUCGUGCCGAGGAUUACAUCCCAUUGCUCAUCAUGUCCAUGGCAUUACUUGAGUGCUCAACAAUGCAUUUCUGCAGCCGUUUUGUACCUCAGUGAUUUCAACUGAAAGUUAGUCUCAUGAGUUGUUCCCUUCAAGGUGGCUGAAGUUAUCUUGGGGGUUGAAGUAGGUAUCUUGUGUUUUUUGUCCAGUCCAAAACUUUGGCAAAAAAACUUUGCUUACAGUGACUUAAAAUUAGUCAGGAGGUCAAUUGAUACUUUGCAUCAUAAAA